UAAACUCCUCUGUCAGCCUGUAAACAUUACCUGAGAAUUCCCCAGCCGAAACGGCUGCUGGGGCACGAAAGUUCUUGUUAGAACUUUCCACCUCCGGCUUCCCCUCCACCCCUCUUACUGUCCCAACCUUCUGAGACGCUUUUUCUCCUCCCGAGGAUUUAUCUCACCCACCCACCCACACCUCCCCCCCCCCGCCCUUUUUCUCACCCGGUGCUUGCUUUGCAUUUGGGAAGAGGUGAUUUCAAGAGUGGCCAGAUGAUCUAUCUGGUGGUGAAGGCUGCCGUCGGACUGGUGCUGCCCGCCAAGCUGCGGGACCUGUCUCGGGAGAACGUCCUUAUCACCGGCGGCGGGAGAGGCAUCGGGCGCCAGCUCGCUCGCGAGUUCGCGGAACGCGGCGCCAGAAAGAUCGUUCUGUGGGGCCGGACUGAGAAAUGCCUGAAGGAGACGACGGAGGAGAUUCGGCAGAUGGGCACCGAGUGCCACUACUUCAUCUGCGAUGUGGGCAACCGGGAGGAGGUGUACCAGACGGCCAAAGCUGUCCGGGAGAAGGUGGGCGACAUCACCAUCCUGGUGAACAACGCCGCCGUGGUCCAUGGGAAGAGCCUGAUGGACAGUGACGAUGAUGCCCUUCUCAAGUCCCAGCACAUCAACACCCUGGGCCAGUUCUGGACCACCAAGGCCUUCUUGCCACGGAUGCUGGAGCUGCAGAACGGCCACAUCGUGUGUCUCAACUCCGUGCUGGCGCUCUCUGCCAUCCCCGGCGCCAUUGACUACUGCACGUCCAAAGCCUCAGCCUUCGCCUUCAUGGAGAGCCUGACGCUGGGGCUGCUGGACUGUCCAGGCGUCAGUGCCACCACCGUACUGCCCUUCCACACCAGCACCGAGAUGUUCCAGGGCAUGAGGGUCAGGUUCCCCAACCUCUUCCCGCCCCUAAAGCCGGAGACCGUGGCCCGGAGGACGGUAGAAGCCGUGCAGCUCAAUCAGGCCCUCCUCCUCCUCCCGUGGACGAUGCACGCCCUCAUUAUCUUGAAAAGCAUACUCCCACAGGCUGCCCUCGAGGAGAUCCACAAAUUCUCAGGAACCUACACCUGCAUGAACACUUUCAAAGGGCGAACAUAAAGGCAGGACGCAAAGACAGGCUUAAAAGCCACAGAACCUGAGGGGGCGUGGGCACCUGGGCACACGCCCAUGUGCCUGUCCCUUGACACACUUCUGCUGCAUGAGCAGGACUGCUCCUCCCCUGGGGAGGAAUCUGGCUGUGCCCCCAGGCCAGCCCCAGGACCUUUGCACAGGACUGACGGGUGUAACUCUGACCCCCGUGGGGAGGCAAGAAACCAGCCAGCAGCUGCCUUGACACUUUUGUACAUUUCUGAUUCUGUAGAGUUCAUUGUUAAAUCGCUUCUCAAGUCUAACCAGCCUCGGCAACGUGCAUAGACUAUUUCCGGGAGGGACUGUGCCCACGCACUCCUCCUUCCCCUCCAAACUCCACUCAUCCUCAGCUUGUGCAAACUGGUUGAACGGCAGGAAUACAAAAUAAAGAGA